CUUUGAGAGUACGAGAAUCUAGAAUGUGGGCAUAUGUUUUAAUGUUCAAAUUCACAAUCUUUUUUGUCUUGAUAUGAUCACCAAGAUUCAUUCUUUUCUCCAAGAUUCAUUCCUACUGCAUGUUUAGGGUUUUGGGUUUCAGGUGAGUUUGUUCAUUUUGCAUUAUGAAACUGUAAUCUAUAGAUACAUAGAUAUUGAUAUAGGUAUAUAGAUAUAUAUGGAAUGUUGUUUAUCUAUUUGGGUGUUUGCUAAAUCCUUUAUUUAAGAGAUUUUGUAAGUGUUUUUGAGCUAAGAGUGGGAAAAUGGGAUCAAAUGGUGAAAAAAUUGGUGAAUUAGCAAGACAAGGUUCAUUAUAUAACCUAACUUUAGAUGAGGUUCAAAACCAAUUAGGGGAUCUUGGAAAACCCUUGACUAGUAUGAAUCUUGAUGAGCUUUUGAAAAGUGUUUGGACUGCUGAGGGUAAUAGUGGUAUGAAUGCUGAAUAUGCUCAACAUGGUUCUGGUACUUUGGCACGGCAGUCUAGUGUUGGUCUUUCGAAAGAUUUGAGAAAACGGACAGUUGAUGAGGUGUGGCAAGAUAUUCAACAGGGUGAGAAGAAGGGCGAUGGUGAUAAUGGUAGUGGUAAGAGUAAGAAUAGUAGGAGUGGUAAGAAUGAUGGUGAUAAAAAGGGUAGUAAAGAGAGACAACCGACGUUAGGUGAGAUGACGUUGGAGGAUUUCUUGUUUAAGGCCGGGAUUGUUGCGGGUGGUUUGUCUCCUGGAAAAAAGAAUGUGGACUCAAAUGUGUCGAAUCAACAGAAUGUUGGUCAUCAACAAGCGCAGUGGAUGCAGUACCAAGUGGCGCCGGUUCAACAGCAGCAACAUGUAUAUAUGACAGGGCAUCAUCCGGCUCAGCCAUCUUUGUCUAUUGGUGCUAACUCGAUGAUGGAGAUUGGUUAUCCUGAGACGCAAAUGACAAUUUCCCCUUCGAAUUUGAUGCAUAAUUUAUCAGAUACACAGACGCCUGGAAGGAAAAGAGGCGCGUCUGGAAAUUUGAUUGAGAAGACUGUUGAAAGAAGGCAAAAGAGGAUGAUCAAAAAUAGAGAAUCUGCUGCACGUUCACGAGCAAGAAAACAGGCUUACACCCAUGAGUUGGAGAACAAAAUUUCACGUUUGGAAGAGGAAAAUGAAAGACUUAAGAGACAAAAGGAGGUAGGGAAGGUUUUGCCAAGUGCACCACCACCCAAACCCAAGUACCAGCUCCGAAGAACAAGCUCAGCUUCUUUCUAGCAAUAUUCUUCGGGUCAAGGAUUAUGUAGAGACAUUUUGUCUUCUUCUUUUUUUUUUCAAUUUUCUUAGGAGAAGUGGUUUUGCUCUUUUGUGUUUGUUAGUGCUUUCAUAGUUUUUCUAUAAACAUUGUACCGGGUCAAUAUUCUGAGCAAUGAAUGGGCUCUCAAUCUCACUGCAUUGCCCAUGCUUGCCACUGCUCCAAGACACCGGCACUUUUCCUUGUAUGUAUAUUGUCAAGACAACUGUGUAUCUCUUUAAUUAAAUGCCAAUUCGAGUUUUUCCUAUAAAA